UUCGCUGGUGCUAUGACGUCACAACAUUUGAAUAAUCGGCACGGCUGUGUCGCGAAUCUGUUUUUCUCGUUUCUUCCCCGUUGACUAUGAGUAGUGAUUUUGAAAGUUCUGCUGGCAGUGAUUCUUCUGAGUCCGAGGCAGAAAGUGAUACUGUGCACGAGGCUGGUAUUUACAAUCCAUACCAGUUUGAGCCGAGAGCAGAAGAUGAAAUCGCCGAUGCAGCGGACAACACGGAGCAAGAUGAAGACGGUUUGUCAGCUCAUACGUUAGACCAGAGACAAGAAGGUCUUGUAGUCAUUAAUUCGUGGUGCAAAUGUGGAAAGUGUGCAGUCGAUUUGUUAGAAGGAGCGAGGGAGUUUCGUUGUUGUCAGGAGGUGAAGCCUGUGUUAGGUAAACUUGUGUUUGAUGGAACGGCUGACCAGAUCAGGUGUGUUUGCGACCAUCCUGACUUUGCCCACAUUACUUAUCGAGCAGUACUUCUACUUUCUGGGCCCUUAUUAAGAGGCAAAGACGGCAGACCGUAUAAGAUGCGUGGGAAGUCGAAAACAUGUGAAAAUGAGUUUUGUAGGGCUGUUGCAUAUCGGUGGCUUGUAAGGUGGUUGAGUGGAUACAUGGGCUGGGAUACUGCUCGUCCACUAUCAGCUUGCAUGUACAACUAUGUGAGAAAUAUGUACAAAACUGAAAAUCCCUCUAGAGGUUUCAGCCGAUCAGAUGAAAGAUGAUGGACAUUAUGAUAUGUAAAUAUUAUUGAAUUAGCUAGAA